CAUAAGUUUUCUACUCAACAGAAAGGCUCCUUUCUACUCCACUCCACACGAAACAAACCCUUCUAUUUUUUUUUAACUCACCUCACUAUAUAUCUCGCUUGCUUUCCCUUAAAACCGCAAAAGCUUACAUUUUCCACUCAAACUUCUUCUUCCUUUCCCAGCUUUCUCUUUCUCUCUCACACACACAGGCUAACAUUUCACAUAUCAUUUUACUCCAUGCAGUUAUCUCUAUAGCUAUCAAACAUCUCACCAUCUUGAAGCAUUCAUAUACUUCUUCAUCAUUUCAUUAGAAUAAAAUGGGCAAUUGUCUUGCCAUGACAAAGCAUGUUAAAGCUGUGAGGGUAGCCAAACCAGAUGGUAAGGUACUAGAGUUUAGCUCCCCAAUCCAUGUCAAAGAUAUCUUGACAAAUUUUCCAACUUAUGGUAUUGGUGUAUCAAAGAAAGCCACAAAGCCUCUCUUCCCAGAUCAUGAAUUAAAGGCAGGAAGAUUGUACUACUUGCUUCCCUCUUUGCAUUCCCCUCCAAAUCUUUCAACUUUGAUGAAGGGAGAGACAGGUGGUGGAAUAAAGAGGAUCAAAGUUAUAAUAACUAAGCAGCAGCUUGAGCAGUUAGUGACCAAACAGAUCUCCGUAGAGGAUAUACUCUCAGAGGUUCAAACAGUUAGUGUUAAUUUGCCAAGCAAUGGCAAGCCAAAGUUGGACUCUAUACCUGAAGAAAAUGAGUAACAUAUAGUAUAUAAAAGUAUACUUGUCGCUUUUUCAUUUUGACCUUUCCUUUCCCUUCUUCCUUUUUGUAUUGUUCCUUCUUUUUCUGAGGUAGCAUGGUUGCUGUUUUAAUGCUUUAUUUUAUGAGGUAGUUGGACUGUAAGAACUGAAAGAAAUGAAGAAUGUGAAGGCAGACAUAGAACCUAGUAUAAAUAGUUAGUUAAGGUUAAUUUCCAAUUUCACAUUCACUUUGCAUUGGCUGGUUUCUUAUUAGCUUUUUGUCACGGAUUAGUUCUGUGUGUGUUUGUUAAUAACUUCGAAUAGAGGUUAGGCGAUUGAAUUCCCAAUUAAAAAAAUACUCAUAAUAUUUGAGGAUUAGUUCCGUUUUACAUCUCCUUGGAGGUUAUGAUCAAUCAAAUUGAUGCUCCAAACACAGUUGAAUAAAUAGAAACACACUUUUCAUUUAAUGAAACAUGAGAAAGAAACUGACAGCUCAAGAAAAUAAAAUUACAUAGCAGCAAAUUAUUUCAUUUUUUUUUUCUACACUUAUCACAGCAUAUUAAGAAUUAAAAACAUUCCAAAAGGAUACUGUACAAACUAGUUAGCAUCUCACUGAAUUUCCACAUCAACAACCUUGCGUUCAACCUUGGUCUUAGGAAUAGUGAUAUAAAGCACACCAUUUUUUAACUCAGCCUUAACCUUGUCCUUCUCACAAUUAUCCGGAAGCUUCAAACGGGUAUCAUAGGAACUAUGGCUUCUGCUUGACCAAGAAUCAUCUCCACCAUGUUCACUCUUAUGAUCACCUUUUAUAACAAGCACAUCAUCCUCGACUGAUACCUUGACAUCUUCCUUAGAAAGACCCGGCAUGUCAAACCUCAUUUUGAUUUCAUGUUCUUCGUCUUUGAUUUCCCAAGGGGCACGGAUCUCCCCUCCUCCAAGGUUUCUUCCAGGGAAUGAUACGGUAUCUUCGAAAAUUCGAUCCAUCGUGUCCAUUAUCUGGCGCAUGCUUCUCAUGGGUGACCAAGGGUCCAAGAGUCCUGCAAUAGGCCACACUACAAGUUAGUGUAAUGUUUAACUAUGCUGGAAGCAAGUUCAGGUAAACGUAGCUACCAUUCAUGGUCCAUCCCUUUUCACUUUUCGUUAUUCAAAGGUAGGUGUUAUAAAUUUUUAAUGAAUCACUUGAAUUUUAAACAUUAAAAACUAUAUUCUUUUUCUUUGAAUUUGCUUAAGUUUUGGGUAUCUACAGAAAUUGACAUAUCUAGGAUUUUUUUCCCACUCCGUAAUGCUUGUCAUGGUUUCUGGCUUCAGCUUCAAACCUUGAGUUUGGUUAUGAUUAUGAAGCAUAGUCACUGGUCGUUUUCAUUUUCAUUUCGUUUGUCAAAAAUGAACAACAGAAUCAAACCAAAAGGAUUAUACCAAUACCUGAAGCCAAGUUAUUUGUAAGUGUCAAAAAGUUUUUCUUUCCUUUAUCAUUCCAAACUUGGGCGCAAAGCUAUCCAAUUAAUAGGGAGAAAUAAAAACGAAUAUGGAAAAUUAGUGGCAAUGGUGGAAUAUAUGACAACAGCAACAACUACAAUAUUUGUGAAGCAUCACUAAUAACA